ACGGGUCUGGGUGUACACGGGGACUUAAGAAGUUAGUAGGCUACUACAGAAAGGAGCUUAAUGUGGAGAAAUCUGACUGUUUGGAAAACUUGAGUCUGACACGCAACUUUAACAAAAAAGUGAUGUGCAAGUGGGAGUGAUCCCCUCAAACUAAUGCAUUUAGCAAAGUCUACAGAAUACUUUUGUACUACGAAGAAGACCUGAAAGGUAUUGCUGAUCGCAGAGAGUCCGACAGUUAUACUGGAAUGAACGAUGUGACUUUGAGCUUUGACGUGCGCAGUUAGGGAUUUUUUUCCCCACAAAACACUGGAAUCCCCUUUACACAAUUCGGAGUUUCACACAGUCGGAUCAUUUUGGAUGUAUUAUUUUCUGUCUUCUCAAGACCGUUGAUGCCAGUCUGCUUCAAACAAACUGAACAGACACGGUAUGACGAACUGUGCGAUAAGCGCUCAACUGGCGACGUUCGAGAAGCACUGAACUUUUUUACUUCGCAAAUCCAAACUUUGAUUUGUUUUAAUAUUAAACGGGAAACAAAGAAAAAAACGCCAGCACAUACACACAUCAUAGAUUUAUAGGAAGACAUACAAGAACGAAAACAUUUCCUGCGUACUUUGCAUUACGAUGUUUUUUUUUUUUUUUUUUAAUUCCACGACUAAUAGGUGGAUGAUGCCCAUUUAGGGAUUUUAAAUGAAAUUUGGAUUAUCGGUGUUUACACAGCAUUUAAAAGGAGCAAGAAAUACGAAGAGGAACAAAAACAAACACAAUCUGGAGAAAUCAACAGAACUUUUGUUCAAUAUUAGGAUUAUGAAAGGUCGACCAACAACUUUCAUGCAUUAAUUAUAAGUGGAGUGCAGAAUCAUUUCCUUUCUGUAAAACACUGGAAUGAUGUCUUCGAGUUUUCUGGGAAUAUAUCUUGUUUUCGGAUAUCUUUAUAUUUGCUCAGGGUCGCGUCUGCGCCAGGAGGACUCCCCUCCCCGGAUCGUGGAGCACCCCUCCGACCUGAUCGUGUCCAAGGGGGAGCCGGCCACCCUCAACUGCAAGGCGGAGGGGCGGCCCACCCCGACCGUGGAGUGGUACAAGGACGGGGAGCGCGUGGAGACGGACCGGGACGACCCCCGCUCCCACCGCAUGCUCCUGCCGAGCGGCUCCCUCUUCUUCCUGCGCAUCGUCCACGGGCGCCGGAGCAAGCCGGACAACGGCAGCUACGUCUGCGUCGCCCGCAACUACCUGGGGGAGGCGGUCAGCCACAAUGCCUCGCUGGAGGUCGCAUUCUUGCGGGACGACUUUCGGCAGAACCCAUCAGAUGUGAUGGUGGCGGCAGGUGAGCCGGCGGUCCUGGAGUGCCAGCCCCCUCGCGGACACCCGGAGCCCACCAUCUCCUGGAAGAAGGACGGCGCCAACAUCAACGACUGGACCGAGCGCAUUACGAUCCGAGGCGGGAAGCUGAUGAUCACAAACGUGAGGAAGAGCGACGCGGGGAAAUACGUGUGUGUGGGGACCAACAUGGUGGGAGAGAGGGACAGCGAGACCGCAGAGCUGACCGUCAUGGAACGUCCCACUUUCACGAAGAGGCCCAGUAGCCGUGUGGUGCUGGUGGAGGGGAGUGCGGAGUUUCGCUGCGAGGCAAGGGGGGACCCCAUUCCCACGGUCCGCUGGAGGAAGGAGGAUGGGGAUCUGCCCAAAGGGAGGUAUGAAAUCCGAGAAGACCACACCCUUAACUUGCGCCGCGUGAUCCCCGCCGAUGUGGGCUCCUACACCUGUGUAGCGGAGAACAUGGUGGGCAAGGCGGAGGCGUCGGCCACUCUGACCGUUCACGUUGUGUCUGUGCCUCCAGUGUUUGUGGUGCGGCCUCGGAACCAGGUGGUGGCGACGGGGCGGACAGUCACCUUCCAGUGCGAGGCAACAGGGAACCCCCAGCCUGCCAUCUUCUGGCAGAGAGAGGGCAGCCAGAACCUGCUCUUCUCCUACCAGCCGCCACAGCCCUCCAGCCGCUUCUCCGUCUCCCAGACGGGCGACCUCACCAUCAUGGAUGUCCAGCGCUCGGACAGGGGCUUCUACAGCUGCCAGGCCCUCAACAUCGCAGGGAGCGUCAUUACCAAGGCCUUACUGGAGGUCUCCGACGUGGUAUCAGACCGCCCCCCUCCAGUGAUCCAGCAAGGCCCAGUUAACCAGGUGGUGUCUGUGGAUGGGACGGUUGUUCUGAGUUGCCUGGCGACAGGGUCUCCUACCCCAACCAUCUUGUGGAAGAAGGAUGGUUCACUGGUGUCAACCAAUGACCCCCGCAUCAAACAGCAAGACUCAGGCGCUCUGCAGAUCCGCUACGCCAAGCUGGUGGACACAGGUGUGUACACCUGCAUCGCCUCAAACCCCAGUGGGGAGGCGUCCUGGAAGGCGUACCUGGAGGUUAAAGAGUUCGGAGUAGCCGUGCAGCCUGGCAGACCAACGGACCCCAACCUGAUUCCCAGUGCUCCCUCCAAGCCUGAGGUGACCGACGUUAGCCACACCUCCGUCACCCUGUCCUGGAAGCCCAACCUCAGCAGCGGGGCCACGCCCACCUCUUACAUCAUCGAGGCCUUCAGCCAUGCCUCUGGCAGCAGCUGGGUCACCCUGGCAGAGCAUGUGAAGACAGAGACCUUCAUUCUUCAGCACCUGAAACCCAGUGCGGUCUACCUCUUCCUGGUGCGGGCCGCCAACGCCUACGGCCUAAGCAACCCAAGUCCCAUCAGCGAUGCAGUCAAGACGCAAGACCCCCCACCCACCAGUCAGGGUGUGGACCAUGAACAGAUCCAGAGAGAACUUGGAGACGUUGUGGUCCAUCUGCACAACCCCACCAUACUGUCCUCAUCCUCUGUUUGGGUCCAGUGGACGGUGGAGCAGCAGUCUCAGUACAUCCAGGGCUACAAGGUCCUGUAUCGCGCUUCUCCAGACGCGGGGCAGCCGCGCGGGCAGUGGGGUGUGUUUGAGGUGCGUACGCCGGGCGAGGACGGCGCCGUUGUGCCCCAGCUGAAGAAGGGGGUCACCUACGAGUUCAAGGUGCGGCCUUUCUUUGACGAGUUCCAGGGCGCGGACAGCGAGGUGAAGGUGGCCCGGACGCUGGAGGAAGCACCCAGCGCUGCACCUCGCGACGUCACGGUGACGAAGGGCAGCGGGAACGGGACGGCCAUCCUGGUUGCCUGGCAACCACCACCGGAGGAGGAACGCAAUGGGGUGGUCCAGGAGUACAAGAUCUGGUGCCUGGGGAACGAAAGCCGUUACCAUGUCAACCGCACCGUGGACGGGUCCACCUUCUCAGUGCUGAUCCCCAGCCUGUCCCCUGGGAUCCGCUACAGUGUAGAAGUUGCCGCCAGCAACGGUGCUGGCCCAGGGGUCAAGAGCGACGUUACCUUCUUCCAACUUGAUGCCGAGGGACGCAUGACAGAGGGCAAGGUGGAGCCAACGGGCACUCUGUCUCAGCAGAUCUCAGAUGUGGUGAAGCAGCCGGCCUUCAUUGCGGGCAUCGGCGCCACCUGCUGGUUAAUACUCAUGGUGUUCAGUGUCUGGCUCUACCGCCAUCGCAAGAAGAGGAGUGGACUCAGCAGUAACUACGCUGGAAUCCGCAAGGUCCCGUCCUUCACCUUCACUCCAACAGUAGCCUAUCAGCGAGGAGGAGAUGCUGUCAGCAGUGCUGGAAGGCCUGGUCUGCUGAACAUGGGAGAGAAUACCACCCAGCCCUGGCUGGCAGACCCCUGGCCCAAUGCCUGCGCCAAUCACAAGGACUGCAGCAUCAACUGCUGCAACAGUGGCAACGGCACCAGCGACAGCAACAUGACCACCUACAGUCGCCCAGCUGACUGCAUCGCCAAUUACAACAGCCAAUUGGAGAGCAAACAGCCAGGGCUGAUCGUGCCAGAGUCAGGCGUGUACAGUGAUGUGGACCUCUCCAACAAGAUCAACGAGAUGAAGACUUUCAACAACCCCGGUAUGUGCUUCAUGGGCCCCGGAGGCCAGGCGUCCCCCUACGAGCCCACCCCUUACGCCACCACCCAGCUCAUCCAGUCCAACAUCAUGAGCAAGAGCCUCAACAGUGGGGGCGGUGCCAGCGAGUUCGGAGAGAAGCGCGGCUGGAAGCCCCCACCAGCCGUGCAGCAGAAGCAACAGGACAUGACAUCACAAAUGCAGUACAACAUCAUGGAGCAGAACAAGCUGAACAAGGACCACUACAAAGGAGGAGACGGCACCUUACCGGCAACCAUCCCCUACAACCAGGCCCAUGAGCACAGCACUGGAGGCUCCUACCACAGCUCUGACCGAGCCAGCAGCAGCACCUCUGGGAGCCAAGGUCACAAAAAAGGGACCCGUAACCCCAAACCACCAAAGCAGGGCGCAAUGCAUUUGGCCGACCUUCUGCCUCCUCCACCUGUUAACCCUCCCCCCUGCCAGACCUCCGAGGACUACGCCACGUCCAUGGAGAAGAGGUAUGACCAGGAUGCGGCGUGUCCCGCGCUCCCAGCGAGAAUGUACCUGCAGCCAGGUGAGAUGGAAGAAGAGGAGGAGGAGGAAGAGGGGGAGGAAGGAGUGGAGAGGUGUCCUACCCCGCCCGUCCGUGGAACAGCCUCGUCCCCUGCGGGCGUGUCCUACGGCCACCAGUCGACGGCCACGCUCACACCCUCACCGCAGGAGGAGCUGCAGCCCAUGCUCCGUGACGGACACAACGGGCGCAGAAGGCACACAGUGAGCCCCCCUGCCCCCCCACGGCCACUGUCCCCCCCACACACCUAUGGAUACAUCUGCAGCCCCUUGGCGCUGGACACCGAUGGGCUGGAGGAGGAGGAGGAGGAGGAAGGGGUGGAGACGGACGCGGAGGUGGCCGAGGCGCAGUACCUCCAGCAGCAGCAGGAGCGGCCCCCGGGCGGGCUCCACCUCCGGGGCCUGGAGCAGACACCCGCCUCAAGCGUGGGUGACCUGGAGAGCUCCGUCACCGGCUCCAUGAUCAAUGGCUGGGGCUCCGCCUCCGAGGAGGACAACGCCUCUUCCCGCCGCUCCAGCGCCGCCAGCUCCUCCGACGGCUCCUUCUUCACCGACGCCGACUUCGCCCAGGCGGUGGCCACCGCCGCCGAGUUUGCGGGGCUCAAGGUGGCCAGGUACCCCGGGGCGCUGCCCGAGCAGGCUGGGCCAGGAGGCCGGAAGUACCACAUGGGCCAUCGUCCCAGCAGCCCCGUGUCCACCGACAGCAACAUGAGCACCGCCGUGAUGCAGAAACGGCCACAUAAGAAACACAGGCAGCACACGCCUGCUGAGCAAGGUCACCAAGGUCACCAGCCGGGAGAGCCCUACACAGAAGACCUGCCUGUAUCUGUGACCGCCCAAUCCACAGGGCCAGUGUCCUCUGGCCAGCCUUCAAGGUCCGGCCUGGAGGGUCGGGGGAUUACGCCCCCGAAGAUGGGCUGCGGGGACAGCAGAGACAGGAAGGGAGCCACAGGGGGCCACCGGCCAGGGGAGGAGGCCCAAGAGAAGCAGCGGACCCUGAGGGGAGGCAAGCAGGAGGGCAACGGAGGUACUAAGCCUCGCCAGCUCCCAGUUUCGGAGGACAUCCCGCCAUACAGUCGCCCCACCUUCCCCUCAGUGCACAGUCCACGGGACCCCAGUUCCUCCAGCUCUGUGUCCUCCCGGGGCUCAGGAGGGAGACGGAAAGGGGAGGGGGGGCCUGCGGGCCGAAGGAUCCCCCCCAGCACCAUGGGAACCAUUCAGCCAGAGGAGGGUGACGAAGAGCUUCAGGAGAGCUGAAGACCAGGUUUAUAAGAACAGGUAAACAGAAGAUGUGCAAGAACACUUCGGGAGAACCAUUUGAACAUGCAAGAAUACCAGACCAUUUCUUUCCAGGAAGGGAAAUUGCCCUGAUUUCCUGAUUUUAAAAUUUCAGAAAAAUUGCCCUAAUCCUCUGGUUUCAGUGUCUCAGAAUUCCAGACCACCACUUUACAGGAGAGAAACUAAUCUGUUCUCCCUGAUUUUCACAUCAAAAUACCAAGCCAUCAAUUUGUAGGAGGAAACAUACCCCGAUCUCCUGAUUUUUAAAAACAUCAAAAUAUCUGAUCACUAGAAUAUAAAGCUGUCACAUUUUGCUGAUAAUUAUGUAAAUGUUCCUUUACAAAUGUUUCUGGAAAAAUGACCAAUACUUGUUUAUUGUUUGUUCUAAUUUAUCAUUUGAUGUCCAUUCAAAGGAAAAAAAACAACACAGAACGAGAGUAACUAGAAUGGUGCAUUCGAAGUUAAAAAUGGUACUUUCUCUUCGCAAUAUUGGGGGCACCAUUUACCUGACUUGAUAGAGCACAGCUUUCCCCGAUGAGAACUGUAAAAGGUCCCGACAGCUUACAGUCAUGUGUUACUGUAAUAAGAUUAGUUACAUGCAGAUGGGGUGGACUGUCUUUUCUAUAUAUUUUUUUUUCUUUAAUCAUCCACUGUGGUACUUUAAAUUAGUCUUCCCUGUUUAUUUUUGAAUAAUUAUUCAAUUGCAGAUAUUAUUGUUGUUUCAGUCCCUGUUAAUUGAUCAUUUAAUUGCCCCAAGAAAGUGCCACUGUGGGAUUUUAU